AUGGAGACUUUCAGAUUGUUGAUUGUCCUCUCAAUCAUUUCGUUAUCCUCCGCUGUAUUGGAAAGUGACAUUGGUGUACAUUGUACAUUUCCACCAUCAUGGCACAGUAAGGUUUUCUUUGACUCUGGUGAACUGAUAAUGUCUAUACCAGAACAGAUGAACGCUACCGGAACGUACUACUAUGAUUACCCCAGUCAGCAAAUGAGACUUGACCUGAAGGGCAUAGCGUCACUAGGCAACGUGACCUUCUCUAACACAUAUAUAUGGCAUUUUAAUGAGAGCGCAGUAUACAGUAUUGAUAACGACAACCACACCUGUACUAAGGAUAAGGAUAGUGACUACAUAUGGAAUCCCUGGAAUGGCGUGCCAUUGGACGCCCACUCCGACUCGCAUGGUGGUAUAGGGGACUUCCGGGAGAUAACAGAACACUUCACACUGAUCAGGAAGGAAAUGUAUGCUGACGUCAUCCUAACCCUUGAUGUUAAAGUAGGGUCAGUCUGUCCACCUAUCCGUUACCUUAUCCAAGACGAAGACUACGACCCUGUUAGUGGAGCGAUAGUCAAUUACGAAUUCGUGGACCCACAAGUCCUUACGGAUCGCAGUGUAUUUUCCCUGCCAUCGUUUUGUGCUAACGCUACAUCAUCACAGUACAACAGGGUAAAAAGAAAAAUUCCAUACCGUUAUCUACGACUCUUCAUGGAUUAG